UUUUAAAAACGUAGAAUGUAACAUCAAAUAAUAAAAUUCGAAUUUUGAAAUGGCCGUUUACUGUUUUGCCGAAUAAACGAAGCGUUGUUAUUCGUUAAAUUGUGUUUUAUGCAUUUAAUGUUGUUUUUAUAAGAUUUCAAGAUGUCUCGUAUACCCAAAUUGCCAACUACGAAAGAAAAUAGGCCUGGCUUAUUAAAUGUUAGAAAUAAUGUUGUGACGAGAACUAUUGGUAAUGGCCUAAGUGACAAUGAUAAGAAGAAUUUAAUUUUAAACCAUACUAAGCCAAUGAAAGCUUCGACGACAUCCACCGUUGCGGCCCCGCGGGUGAAGAGAGCUGCGACUGCUCCAACUUCAGUCUCAGUUCCUCCGAAACUAAACAAAGUUGAGAAAAAAGUAACUGCUGCAGUAAGAAUUCCACCAUAUGAUUAUAAGGCGCGAUUUAAUGAUUUAGUUGAAAAACACAAAGUAAUGAAAACUGAACUGAGUGAUUUAAAAGAUAAGCAUAUAGAAGUAUCUGAUGAAUAUGAGAAGAUUAAAGAAAUAUAUGAAAGUAGUAGUAGUGAAAGCGCCAUGUUGAAAGAGAAACUGUUGAAGAGUAUGAACGACUUGAGAGAAAAAUCUAAUGAAUAUAAUAGUAUAAAACUUGAUUAUGAAAUUCAAAAACGAGAAGUUGAAGAUCUUCAUAAUAAAACAAAAAUAUUGGAAGAUGUUACAAACAGUUUAAAAGUAAAAUCUGCAGAAUAUGAUAAAUUAAAACUAGAAUAUGAAGAUUUAAUUAGAAGACACAAAAGUCUUCAGGAGGAAACUGAAGCAUUACGAGUUCUCACAGAACAGUUGAAAAAAGUAUCAGCUGAAUAUGAUAAACUCAAGGAAGAUCACAAAAUAGCCAUUGAAACUAUUAACAAUACAAAAAAUGACAAGGAAGCGCUACAAAAUAUUUUGGAUACUAUGUACAGAGACCAGAGAAUCUUAAGGAACACUGUGCAAGAUCUCAAAGGUAACAUAAGAGUCUACUGUCGAGUUCGGCCACCAUUAGAGUCUGAAAGAAACAAACCAUUAUACAACUUGAAUGUGCUUGAUGCUUGUUCUAUUGAAGUUGAAAAAAUUGAAUUACUAAAUUCAGCAAGAAAAGGAAAAUCCCAACAUUCCUUUAGUUUUGAUGGUAUUUUUACACCACAUUCAUCCCAGGAAGAUGUUUUUGCUGAAGUUGCUCCUAUGGUCCAGUCAGCUUUAGAUGGAUACAAUGUGUGUAUUUUUGCAUAUGGACAGACAGGGUCAGGUAAAACAUAUACCAUGGAAGGUAGUUGUGGGGCAGAGAAAUAUGGUAUAAUACCACGAGCAAUAAACAUGAUUUUUAACUGUAUGGAGGACCUUAAGAGAAUGGGUUGGGAAUUAACAAUCAAAGCAUCAUUCUUGGAAAUUUACAAUGAGAUCAUCUAUGACCUCUUAAACUCAAGUAAAGAACAGGAGAGUCAUGAUAUUAAAAUGGUCAACUCAAAAGGGACAGAUGUCUAUGUUUCCAACUUGCAAGAAGAAGAAGUUAAGAGCUCUCAUGACUUCAUCAGGCUGUUAAUUUUUGCACAACGUAACAGACAAACGGCAGCAACAAUAAACAACGAAAGAAGUUCCAGAUCCCAUUCUGUGGCCCAGAUCAAAAUAUCUGCCAUUAAUGAUAAACGUAAAGAAAAGUUUACCAGCAACUUGAAUCUAGUAGAUCUGGCUGGAUCUGAAAGUGGCAAGACAACUCAAAGGAUGGAUGAGACAAAACACAUAAACAGAUCACUCUCAGAGCUUUCCAAAGUGAUUCUAUCAUUGCAAACCAACCAAUCUCAUAUACCAUACCGGAAUUCAAAGCUAACUCAUCUCCUUAUGCCCAGCUUGGGUGGAAAUUCAAAAACUCUCAUGUUGGUAAACAUUAAUCAAUUCGAUGAGAGUUUCAACGAGACUCUUAACUCCUUAAGAUUCGCUACCAAGGUUAACAGCUGUAGAACGGUUAAAGCCAAAAAGAAUUUAACUAUGGUUGACCUAUAAUUGACAACAAUUAUAAUUUCACACAUGUAUUUACGUUUGACUUUAAUUUAUAUUACUUAUUAGCAUAAUUCAAUAAAAUGACAACAUUUAUUGCAACAAAAACAUCUAACCCAGUUGAAAAUGAUGCAAAACAGUAAUGUAAAUUAAAGUCCCUGACUAUUUAGUGUUAAUUAUUUUUAAUUUGGUAAGGCUAUACCUUAAAUAUACUGAUAUAUUCCACCGAUCUAUUAUAUUCAUAUUAAGGAACAUUGCGAGUUUUUUAAUAGCUAA